AAAAACCGUCCACGCAGAAAGAACGUAAACAUCAAUAGCCAUGAAUGAAUGAAUGAACAGCCGGUUCUAAGCAAAAUAUUGCAGAAAUUAUGGACUUCUUACCCGAAAUCAAGCGGAAUAAUCAAUGAAACCUGUUCUGAUUUCACAUUUGGCUUUCUGCCAGUCUCAAGGAAAUGAACUCUGCAAAAGUCACCAGGGAAUUUAAAACAGGUUUUCAAGAAUGGGAUACUGUUUUUCCAAUCCCAGCAACUUCUUACAAAGUAUCAGCAGUCCUGGCAUUUAUUGUUGGGACUCUCGUUUUCUCCAAUUCCGCGAAUGGAAAUUUUGUCUUUGAUGACUCAGAGGCUAUUGUUAACAAUCGCGAUGUACAACCUGAAUCCCCUUUAUCCAAGCUCAUAUCAAAUGACUUUUGGGGAACACCUUUAAUCCAUGACCGUAGUCACAAAUCCUAUCGGCCAGUUACUAUUUUAACUUUUAGGUGGAAUGUGCAGGUGUUUGGUGGUCUUCAUCCAUUCGGUUUUCAUGUCACAAAUAUUUUUCUUCACGGAAUUGUGUCUGCUCUCAUAGUGCCAGUGACCAAUAAUCUGUUUGGAGGCAAUGCUCCCCGUAUGUCUUUUCUGACAUCUCUUCUAUUUGCUGUUCAUCCAGUCCAUACUGAGGCGGUGGCUGGGGUUGUUGGAAGAGCUGAUUUGCUGUGUGCUUUCUUUAGUUUUUUAUCCUUUCUUUCAUAUUCAAAAGCCACAAAAGAGGGCACAUUAUCAAUCAAACUCAGCAUAAAAUACUUGAUAUGCAGCAUAUUCUUUUGCUUUCUGGCUUUGUUCAGCAAGGAACAAGGCAUAACAAUAUUGGGGAUAUGCCUUGCCUAUGAUGUCAUAACAUUCCACAAGAUUAAUGUAUAUAAUUUACCUUUGUUGGUGUUAAAUUUAUUUUACUGCUGUCCUUCUGGAAAGUCAAAUGUGAAACAUCAAUCAGUGCUUCCAGGACAAUCCAAAAUUUGCUGUAGUAGGCGAAUAGAAAGUCAACACCUAUUCAGCAAACCAUUCAUUAUUCGCUCUUUGUCACUGAUUAUAGCUGGCCUACUUCUAUUGUAUGCACGGUGGUAUGUAAUGGGUUCCAAGCCACCUGUCUUCCAGCAAGUUGACAAUCCUGCAUCAUUUGACAAAAAUUUUUGGACAAGGGUUUGGACUUACAACUAUUUGUAUUCCCUGAAUGCUUGGCUCCUCUUGUGUCCAGAAUGGCUAAGUUUUGAUUGGUCCAUGGGUUGUAUUUCUUUAGUAUCCACUUGGUUUGAUCCUCGGCUGCUUGCAGUUGCAACGUUUUGGGCCACUUUGUUUGGUUUACUUUGGCGUGGGGGAUAUUACUCAAAUGAUAAGCUUGGAAGGACAAUCACUAUGGCUGUAGCAGUAUUAAUCAUUCCAUUUUUACCAGCAUCUAACUUGUUCUUCAGAGUUGGUUUUGUCUUGGCAGAACGAGUUCUUUACUUACCAUCUUUGGGAUUCUGUAUGCUUGUUGUUUUAGGCAUGCAGGUCGUACUUAGCACUAAACCAGAAUAUAAAAAGACCCUUAUGAUAGCUUUUACUUGUACACUUUUAGUAUUCUCUGCUCGUUCCAUUUAUAGAAGUAAUGAAUGGCUUCAAGAGUACACGCUCUUUAAAUCUGCAUUGGCAGUAUGCCCACUAAAUGCUAAAGUACACUACAAUGUAGCCAAAAAUGCAGGUGACAUGGGAAACCAUAAGUUAGCAAUAAAAGAAUAUGAAAUAGCUUUGAAACUGCAUUCUGAAUACGACCAAGCCAUGAAUAACUUGGCAAACAUAUUAAGAGAUGAAGGAAAGCUUGAUGAAGCAGAGUCACUGCUAAGAAAAGCAGUUAAAAUUCGUCCUGACUUUGCUGCUGCUUGGAUGAAUCUUGGCAUAGUUCUUGCUGCAUUAAAAAAACAUGAGGAGGCUAAAGUUUGCUACACCACAGCCUUGCUGCACCGAUCUCAGUAUCCAGAAUGUUUGUACAAUCUAGGCAACCUCUAUUUGGAUCUUAAAAAUACUAAUGAAGCAUUAAUGGUUUUUAAAAAGGCUGUUCAGCAACGCCCAACAUUUUCCAUUGCCUGGAACAAUAUGGUGAUAAUGUUGGAGUCUAUUGGAAAGUUAAAUGAUGCCAAGGUAAUUGCACUAGAAGCCCUCAAAUAUCUACCUAAUGAUGCUGGGCUACAUUUCAACCUUGCCAAUACACUGGGAAAAAUGAAUGAAUUUGAAGAUGCUGAGCAGCAUUUUAGAGAAGCAGUGAAGCUAGCACCAAACAAUGCCAUUUAUCAUUCAAAUAUGGGAGUUCUAUAUCAUCGCUGGAAGAAGUACAACCUUGCAGAAUCAAAGUACAAUGACGCUCUCAGUUUUGAUCCGACUCUCAAAAGUGCCAUGAAUAAUCUAGAAAUGUUGAAGAAAUCAAAGAUGAAGGCGGUAAAGUGGAGAGUAGUGUGAUGUACAGUUUAAAUUUUUUAUCUAUUGUUGACUAUGGACUCCAAUAGGAGCCACUAGGAAUAAAAAAAUUUUUGAUUACUAUAGGAG